GGUUUAAAGAGCAACAACUUGUCAAAAUUCAAUUUCAAACAGGAUAGAAAGUCAGAAAAAUGACAUUAUUUGAUAAUAUCAAGCAGCUUUAUCAAUCAGAGUUGUUUGGUGAAUUGAAGCAGUUGGUCAGUGUGGUUUUAACAUUAUGUGAUAACAACACAGAAGCUGAAUUACUAUCACCAUCACAGAAAUAUCAAUGUUUAGUUUAUUUAGGGGAUUCUCUCCUUCAACUGGCAGAAUACAAAAAAUCAGAGUUCAUGUAUCGCAAAGCACUAGUGUUCAAGAAAACUAUCAACAAAACAAAAGGGAAAUGUGGUACAGUGAUGGAUAUAACAUCAGAUGUAGAGGUAAAAUGUAGAUUAUAUAAUUGUCUGACUAAAAUGGAUCAGGAUAAAGAAGCCUUGAAUGUUUUGGAGAGUAUUAACAGUAAACAGAGAAAUAGUAAAGUGAAUUCAGCUCUUGCUAAGUUAUAUUUAAAAGAUGGUAGAGAUAGAUCAGCUAUUACUUGUUAUAAAGAAGUGGUCAGAGAACAUCCUAUGGCAUUAGAAGCUAUCAAUGGUUUAUUAUCAUUAGGUAUGAAAUCAGCUGAUGUAGAAGCUUUAGUUAUGAACAGUUUACCUCAUGGUACAAAUUAUGAUUGGUUGACUAUCUGGAUCAAAGGACAUUCAUAUUUAGCUGCUAAAGAAUAUCCCUCUGCUGUUUCUACCUUGAAAUUGAUGGAAUCAAAGUUAAAUAUUAAAGAUUGUGUACCUAUUAUCAGUGCUAUUGGUGAAGCCAGAUUUUAUGAUGGAAAUUAUCAUCAAGCUAUGUUAUUGUUUCAAAGGGUGAGAGCCCUUGAUCCAUUCUAUAUGAAGAAUUUAGAUCUGUAUGCCUAUAUAUUAGCUAGAGAGAAGAAGUUUAAUGAAUUACAGGGAUUAGCUCAUGAAUUAAUAGCAAUAUCAGAAACAGUACCAGAAUCAUGGAUAGCACUAGGUUACAGUUCUUUAAUAUGUCCUAGUAGAACACGAGAUAAACUCACUAGAGCUCUUUAUUUUGGUGUUAAGGCGUUUAAUUUUAAACCAAAGUUAGUAGAAGCUCUUCUAUUAAAGGGAUCAACUCUAGUAGAAUUAAAGAAAACACAAGAUGCUAUAUUCCAUUUUCAAGAAGUAGUGAGAUUAGCUCCUCAUAGAUUUGAGGCAUAUCAAGGGUUAAUAAACUGUUAUAUGAUAACCAGAAGAAAUAAAGAUGCUAUAUCAUGGUGUGGUAGAGCUAUGAGAACAUUAGGAAAUAGCGCCAGAACUUUUACUCUGUCAGCAUCAGUUUUAGCAAAGGAUCCCAAUACAAUCACUAAGGCUAAGUUAUAUCUUGAAAGAUCUAUGAGAUUAGAUCCUAACUAUGUAGAAGCAGUGUAUAUCACAGCAGAAAUACUGAUGCAGGAAAAAGCUUAUCAACAGGGGAUUGACAUAUUAAAGAAACAGCUAUCAUUUCAAUCAAAAAGUACAGCCAGAUUACAUCAGUUGUUAGGUGAUUUCUUAGCUCAAGUUGGUUCAUAUGCUAACGCUUUAGUUCAGUAUCACAGUGCUUUAGAGAUAGAUCCAAACUGUAGUCGAGCUAAGAAAGGAAUAGAAAGAGUUGAGAAACAGAACGUAGAUCUAGAAACUGAUACUGAUGCUGAAGAUAUGAGAGGCAGUGAUAAUGAUAUUGAAUUUGAAGGCAGUGAUGUAGAUAGUACUUGGUCAGAAGCAGAAUUAAAUUGACACUGGAUCUGAAUCAUGAUUUCAAUCAUUGAAACAGCUUUUAUAUUGUGAUAUUGUGGAUGGUGUACAAGAUUGUAUAAUUGAUUGUGGUUUACAGCAGAAAUCAAGAGUUUACUUUUGAAAUAUUCCGUGGACAAGCAGCUGAUUUCAUGUCAACUGUUGCAGAAUAAAGAUAAUAAUUUAUGUUGAAAGUUAGAAGAAGAUCUACUCGAUUCAGAUAUAUUUGACUCCGUCACAGAAAAAUAGUUCUGUGAGAUAACAGUUUUGUGAAAUGAAUUUGACUGUGUAUGCUGUUCUAAUUUCAAGAUUACAUUCAUUAUGUCAUAGAUUUACAUAGAAAGUAUACAUAUACCCCAGUAUACACAUCCUUCAUUCUUUCAAUCUGGAGGUUUAAUAACUCUUUUCACAUGAACCUUGGUUUCCCUUUUUGAGAGUUAACAUAUUAUACCGGUAGUAUAAUUCUACUACUUUUGUUAUUUGAAAAUGAAACUGAUGACUCAGUUACCAAUAUUCAAUAAAAUAAUUAAAU